AUGGCAAGUGUUUCCACUAACCCAACUACCCAAACAACCACACAGUCGACCACAAGUCCAACCAUAGUCUCGACUGAAAGCUCGUCCACUGCGGCUGACUCGAGUUCAACUAGCCGAACAUCCACAGAGCCGACCACAAGUUCAACCACAGGCUCAACUGAACGAUCGUCCACUGCGGCAGACUCAACUAGCCAAUCAAUCACACAGUCGACCACAAGUUCAACUACAGGUUCAACGAGUGCCGUAUCACAAGGCUCACCCGGAGUCUCAACUAUCCAAUCAACCAUACAGUCGACCACAAGUCCAACUAAAGGCUCAACGAGUAACCCAGCACAAAGCUCAUCUGCAGUCUCAGAUAUCAAAUCAACCACACAGACUCCCACAAGUUCAACUACAGGCUCAAACUUAGGUAUAUCUACUCCAGCAUCUAAAGGAGGUAGAGAGAGCGCUGAGAGCAGGGAGUCAGAAGGUGAGUGA